AUGAACCCUGUUCCUCUCAUUAACCACCCUUGUACAGUGUGCUGCAGGCCCACUUCAAUGUGGUGCAGCCGCUGCCAAUCUGCAUGGUAUUGCACUCCCGAACACCUUCAAAGCGAUUGGCCACGCCAUCGAAAGGAAUGUGUUCCGGCAACUCAUGCCCAAAAUUAUAAUAUUAUUGCCACUCCACCGCCUGCUGAGCAGCAAGUGAUUAUGCGCCCAAGAAUCAUUACGGUCAAGUGCCGUCCAUCCCAGGUUCCGUCGCAGGGCAUGUGCCCUCAACCUCUUGUCAAUGGACAUUUUCCGGACGGCCAAGCGGAAAGCAUUGUCUUGACCCAAGGCCUCAAUGGAGAGCCGCUCAGAUUUCCCCUUCAUCUGUGGUACUCCCCAACCGCGCUGUCGCGUUGCGCACCCAUUAACCGUGCCAUCUACCACAUUACGUCCGGUGCCGCUGCGAAAGCUUGGUGCGGCACAGUUGUCGUCCUGAAGUUCAACGGAUCUCGGCGCCAGGGCUACUCUGAUGCAGGGUCAAAUGAUCUUCCCGCUCUCUCGGCUUAUUUUUUGGCCUAUAAGUAA